UUGAAGGCGCCUUUUGGUGCUGCAUGUCAACAAGCGCACGUACCUGCAUGUAUUUCAAAACCAAAACAUCCCUCUUUCGUUUGCAUCUAUUUUGUUCCAAGAUUCCUAAACGCGUUUAAAAGACGACAUGGCUCCGUUAGGCUUCAUGGCUGCGAGUGUGGGUCUGUGGGCGAAGUCCUUCAGCGUCUUCUCGUGCACAAGCUCCCUGACGAGAGUUCUCUCAGCAACGUAUAACACCACUGUCAGAUGCCUGGCAACACAGACUGACGGCCCCCCAAAGAGGCCUCUGAAUGGAUACAUGAGGUAUUUCCUGCAGCAGCAUCCCAUCGUGACCAAACAGAACCCAGAUAUCAGAGCGGUGGACAUCACCCGGAAGAUCGCUAAUCAGUGGAGGGCGCUGAGUCCAGAUCAUAAGCGGCCUCUGGUGGAAGCCUAUAAAAGAGAGAAGGAGCAGUUCAAUCUGGAUCUUCAGAGAUAUAAAGCCCAGUUGACUCCAGGUCAGAUCCAGCUGGAAGCCCAGGAGAAGAAGGAGAGGAGGGCGAAAAGGAAGGCCAUUCGGAAGAAGAGGGAGUUAACCAACCUGGGCAAACCUAAACGACCUCGCAGCGCCUUCAACAUCUUCAUGUCGGAGCACUUUGUGGAGGCCAGAGGAGCCACCACACAGGCAAAGAUGAAGUCUCUGCUGGACGACUGGAGGAGUCUUUUCAGCAAUCAAAAGCAGGUCUACACACAGCUGGCUGAGGACGACAAGAUCCGGUACAAGAACGAGAUGAAGUCAUGGGAGGACCACAUGGCGGAUAUCGGACGGGCGGACCUGAUCAGACACCAGACGUUGGCCACCAAGAAGAAAAAGACUCCGGCCGAAAGUGCCAAGCCAAAGAAGACGAAGGCCGCCAAAGGGGCCAAAGCCAGUAGGAAGACCACAAAAAAGACUGUCAGAACUGGCAAGAAAAGCUCUGACUUAUUCAUCCGCUAGAACAGGAAGUGGAAACUACCUGAGAAGCAUUAGUUUGGACACACUUGAACGUAAAACUUGCUCAUACUCUAGAAAAGAGUCGGGUGCAUAGUAAAGGUCUCUUUCAUGUCCCAAACCUCAAAAAGUUGAAAUGAAAGAAAAGAAACAAAGCAGCACUUGUGCUCAUUGGACCUGGCAAUGUUAUUGAAUAAAUUAGAAUUAUGAUUGGAAAGAAAAUAAGGGAGGUGCAUAUGGUGGAAACCAGAGCGAGUUAAGUAUGGUCAGAAAAUUUCCCCAGGACAUUCAGUGGUUUUCAUUUUUCAUGAUUGUAUCAUGAAUUGUUUCCCUCCUCUCUCCAUGAUAGUCUGAUGUUCCCUUGUUGUCUGGAGUUUUUCUUUCCGUUAACUGCUGUACAUACUUCAUCCACUGUCCGAAAACAUGAAGGCAAAGAUGACUGCGAACCCUGAAAUCAUCAUGUGAGUCUCAAAAGCUAUGUUCACACCUGAGUUUUUUUUGUAUCGUUUAUAUCUACUCAUUAAACGUCCUCAUGUGUUUGUAUCAAGAGAUGUAGACUCAUGAAUACUUGAUAAAGCUUGAAAACUAUAUAAAGCUUGAAGCUGUUUUUGAUCGUGAUGGGUAGAUGAGGUAUCAUGAAACAGUAUUGCUGAGUUGAUGCAACAGUGUCCUCAUUUUCUGAGGCCACUAGAUGGUGCUCUUGGUUUAGAAAUAAUGUGAGGUUUAACUGAAUUAGUUGUUCAAGUCCAAACAUGUUACAGUGGACAGUGCCAUCUGGUGAAAACCUUUGAAAAUUGUUUUAUGAAACCUCAUCAACCCAUCAUUAAUAUUUGAAGUUUUUUAACUGAGGAUCAAGGAAACUUAAAUAUUUUAGGAUUUUCUUUUUUCAUAAAAAAAGACAAAUAUUGGUAAUAAACAUUUAUUAAGUUGGUAAUAGCAAAUAUCACAAAAAGAGACUAUUUGUAUAAAAAAAGUGAAAUAAGAGCAACAAACAAGUUUGACAACAAGGUGUGUAGAAAUGCAAGUGACAACUGUGAUAAUUUCAUGAAUAUUGGAACUAAGAGUCAAUGAAAAUUAACUGUGACUAUUUAAUAUAACACUGGACGAGUUUCAGCCAAAUUUUUACAGAUAUUAAAAUGGUGCAACGCAAUGAUGGAGGCGUGGAUUUUGGUUGACCUCUACCAAACCAGCUCUCGCAGAUGCCGUGCAAGUAGCCAUCCAGGACUGGACCAGAACUCCUGGUGUGUGUGUGUGUUAUCAGGACAUCUGCUGCUGAGUCACUGUCUGAGCCAACAAAGCUUGGAAGUCAGGAGACAGCACCAGUUUAUGUUGCACGUUUCCCAAAACCAUCAAGUCCCCAGUCUUUCCUUCGGAGAGUUGGACCGACACCAGUUGCUACGGAGACAGAACCCAAAUAGUGAACGACAAUGAUGCCUAAUAACCACACACACACCACUGAAUACCUGCAGGAAGGAGAAGGCGGCUCCCUCUGUGACAUCCAGGAUGAUGUCGCCCAGUUUCAGUUCCACCUUUCCGGACCUCCUGAUCUGGAGUUUACCCAGAAGUCCCUCCGUGAACUCUGACAUCGCCAGACUUCGCUCUUUCAGGCUGGACAGCUGGACACACCCAGUGAGAUGCAGUACAUUCAAGAAGAGUGUGAACACAAGCGUUGGGUAGAUGAGGUAUCAUGAAACAGUAGUGCAGGGUUAAUG